CAGCCUUCGUUACGAAACGAAUCCGGAAGGAAUAGAACAAACACCGGCGAGGUGGUCAGAGCUACAUACAUCUCAUACAACGUGGAUUAGUUAAGUUAAAAUUGACAAAAAUUCCAUGGAGUCAGAUAAAGUAACAGAGCAGCUGGAAAAUGUUAAAAUAGAAGCAGAGAAAAAGAGCUGUGGUGGAGGAGAGAAGUGCAAAGAUGGAGGUAAUAAGAAAACCAAGACAGGGGGAGAUGGGACAGGUCGUACUGAGUUAAGCCCAUGGCCUCAGUACAUUAGUGAGCGAUUGGAGAUCUACAAUAAACUGAAACAAGAACAUGAUACCCUGAUGUGUGAGAGAGCAGAAAAAGAGAGCAAACCUAUUAUAGUUACCUUGCCUGAUGGGAAGCAGAUUGAUGCAGAAUCCUGGAAAACCACACCUUACAAGCUUGCAUGUGGAAUCAGCCAGGGCUUGGCUGAUAACACAGUGAUUUCAAAAGUGAACAACAUAUUAUGGGACCUUGAUCGGCCACUGGAAGAAAACUGUACCCUACAGCUGCUCAAGUUUGAUGAUGAAGAGGCUCAAGCUGUUUACUGGCAUUCAAGUGCCCACAUCAUGGGAGAAGCAAUGGAGAGGGUUUAUGGCGGCUGUCUAUGCUAUGGCCCACCCAUCGAAAAUGGCUUUUAUUAUGACAUGUUCCUUGACAACGAAGGUGUGUCUAGUAAUGAUUUCCCAGCCCUUGAGAACCUGUGCAAGAAGAUCAUGAAGGAGAAGCAGCCAUUUGAGAGACUUGAGGUCAAGAAGGAGACCCUGCUUGAGAUGUUCAAGUAUAACCAGUUUAAGUGCAGGAUUUUGAAUGAGAAGGUGAACACCCCGACAACUACUGUAUACAGGUGCGGCCCCUUGAUAGAUCUCUGUAGGGGACCUCAUGUCAGACACACUGGGAAAAUAAAGGCCAUGAAGAUUCAUAAGAACUCAUCCACCUACUGGGAAGGAAAGGCUGAUAUGGAAACCCUGCAGAGGAUUUAUGGGAUCUCCUUUCCGGAUUCCAAGAUGUUGAAGGACUGGGAAAAGUUUCAGGAAGAGGCAAAGAACAGAGAUCAUCGCAAACUUGGCAAGGAACAAGAACUGUUUUUCUUCCAUGACCUGAGCCCUGGGAGCUGUUUCUUCCUGCCUAAAGGAGCCUUUAUAUACAAUGCUCUAAUUGAAUUUAUUAGGAGUGAGUAUCAGAAGAGAGGCUUCCAGGAGGUGGUGACACCAAACAUUUACAACAGCAAGCUGUGGCAGACCUCUGGGCACUGGCAGCACUACAGUGAGAACAUGUUCUCCUUUGAGGUGGAGAAAGAGAUCUUUGCCCUCAAGCCUAUGAACUGCCCAGGGCACUGCCUGAUGUUUGACAAUCGUCCCCGCUCCUGGAGGGAGCUCCCCCUCCGCCUGGCUGACUUCGGGGUGCUUCACCGCAACGAGCUGUCAGGGGCGCUGACGGGUCUCACUCGAGUGCGCCGCUUCCAGCAGGACGAUGCACACAUAUUCUGUACAAUGGAGCAGAUCGAAGAUGAGAUUAAGGGCUGUCUGAAUUUCCUGCGAGCUGUCUAUGAUGCGUUUGGAUUCACAUUCAAACUCAACCUGUCCACUCGCCCUGAGAAGUUCCUUGGUGACACUGCAGUAUGGGACCAAGCUGAGAAGCAACUUGAAAGCAGCCUGAAUGAAUUUGGAGAGAAAUGGGUCCUUAACCCGGGUGAUGGAGCUUUUUAUGGACCAAAGAUUGAUAUUGAAAUCAAGGAUGCCAUUGGACGAUACCACCAGUGUGCUACAAUCCAGUUGGAUUUCCAGCUUCCAAUUAGAUUUAAUCUUACCUAUGUGAGCAAUGAUGGAGAUGACAAGAAGAGGCCUGUGAUUAUCCACCGUGCCAUCUUAGGGUCCGUGGAGAGGAUGAUCGCCAUCUUGACUGAAAGCUAUGGAGGCAAAUGGCCUCUCUGGCUGUCUCCGAGUCAGGUGAUGGUGAUACCAGUGGGACCUACCUGUGAAGACUACGCAAAAGCGGUGCGCCAACAGUUUCACGAUGUUCACCUGGUGACUGAUGUUGACUUGGAUCAAGGCUGCACUCUUAAUAAGAAGAUACGGAAUGCACAGCUGGCACAGUAUAACUUCAUUCUGGUUGUUGGUGAGAAGGAGAAGAACAGCAACACCGUGAAUGUACGUACCAGAGACAAUAAGGUUCACGGCGAGCGCACUGUCUCUGAAUGCAUUGAGAGGCUCCAGCAGCUCAAGGUCUCCCGUACCAGAAAUGCAGAAGAGGAAUUCUAAAGAAACUGGCUAUUAGUGCUGAGACAGUGUGGUCAUCAGGAUCUAGCCUUCCAUGAAUCCAUUGCUUUAGCUGAAAUCCUUGCUGUCGCUAAAUUAUUUCAGUGUCUGUUUGCUUACUUUGUGGUCUCCGUAAUAAUGGUUUUGUACUUUUUAGAAACGCCCAAACAGCUUCCAGGUAAUGAGUUACAAGAUAAGAGGAAAUAAAACAGUUUGCACUACAAUAGUUUUUUCUUCACAUAGUGUUGUGAUUUCACAAACAUCUGUGUUUAAUCAAGGAAAGAACCUCAUUCUGCUAAAAUAUUUUAAGAUGUCUUUUAAACAGAUUUAUAUGCUUUGCCUCUGACUAAUUAAUAAUAUUUUGGUAAGGGAUUUGGGUGGUGCAAAGGUUUUUUUUUUUUUUUUUAAUUCAAUGUUUGGAAUAAUACAUGAUUUCUUGCCAGUCUGAUUAAGGAGUCUUGCAUAUUAGAAUAUCCCAGCAGG